AUGCAGUCAACUUCUGUGAAAAAAGCUGUGGUACGCAAUGUUAGAAAGUCAUGGCGUGAUGAGGAGGUGAUCAGAGAGCUGUGCAUGGCCAACGGAAUCUGCUAUGAUGACCUCGCUGUAAAGGGUGCCAAUGUCACCUCCCUUGAGAUCAUCUUGAGUGGUUUUCCCCGUAUGGUUGGCCUCUCCUCCUUCCCCAAUCUCCGCCUGCUUAAAAUACUGGGCCAGAGCAUUAAACGCAUCGAGGGACUGGAAAACUGUCCUUCGCUCCAAGAGCUCUGGGUCGUCGAAUGUAAGCUGACUAAAAUAUCCGGAGUGCAGAAUUGUCCCCAGCUAAAGAAACUCUACUUGUACGAUAACAGAAUCGGAGAAAUCAAGAAUUUAAAAUUGAACGUAAACUUAGAAGUCCUGUGGCUCAGCAAUAACUACAUAUCUUCGAUACAGGGCUUGAACACUCAUCAAAAGCUACAAGAACUAAACCUUUCCAACAAUAAUAUUCAGAAGAUUGGGGACGGUCUCAUUCACAAUGUCAACCUCCGCACUCUGAAUCUUUCCGGCAACAAGAUCAGCUCCUUCAAGGAGCUGACCCACCUGACCUGCCUGUCCCAAUUGAGAGAUCUGGCGCUGUGCGACUUCACCACCACCCCAAACCCAGUGUGUCGUUUGUGUAAUUAUGCCACACACAUGCUGUACCACUUCCCCGCGCUCUCAUUUCUCGACACCUACGACGUCACGAGCUCACAAGUCACGGAAGUAGCCGAGUCCACCGUAAUGAAGAAGAUGAUGUUUUACAACAUGCGUACGCGCACUGCUCGGAGAAAUCUGACAGAGGCUCUGCUGCAACUUUUCAAGACCAAAAACGCCUCCUUGGAAUCACCUCUAGAAAGCAUUCGCUCCCUCAAGUACGCCUUAAAAAAUCUUGAACGUUCGCUUCCUAAGAUGUCUUCGGAGGAUCCUUUUGAUAUCUUCGAGAAACAAUUUAGCAGGAAAGGUGGCCCAACUGUGGAGCAAAUACAGAAAAAGAUUGAAGUACUACAGCAGAGACUGGCUAUUUCCACCAGAAGGCUACAUGAAGUCGAGAACUGGCAUCAACACAACGUGUCACAAGCGACACAAAUGAUGGAGGACACGGUGCGCUUUAUGUCGACGGAGCUACACAGUGUCGGAAAUAUUCGCCUGGAGGAAGGCAGCGCCACGGACGCAUGGUUUGCUUCUUGUCGCGACCUGCUGCUCUCUCGCUUUUCUGUUUCGGACUACAUGAGUCACGGCAUCAUUGGCGUCAGGAUCAACAGAGUAGUCCGGAUCCACAACAGUGGGCUGAGAAUUCGUUUUAAGGACAAACUUCAGUCCCUUCUGGCAAGGGAGGGUUCAACCACCUUGGUGCAGAAUUACAAGCGGCUACUUGAACACUUGUUCUACAUCGGCGACUCGGAGCAAAACGGCGAUAGCGUGUUAAACAUCAUGGAGGAAGGCUUUAAAUCAGCCAGAGAAUAUAAGGCACUUGGAAAAGAAGCAGCAGUGCCUUUAACCAACAGCCUUAUUGUGAGCGAACAACCAAGAAUUGAAUACUUACUACGCUGUGCUGAACAAGGGCGUUACAACAGAAGAACAGAUGAAAUCCCUUUCAGAUCCGGCAGAGUUAUCGUGUCCAAAGUGUUUCUGGGCAACAGUCUUCCCAUCAAAGAGGGAGAACCAGUGCACAGAAGAACUUAUCCUCGUGCUUCCUCUGUAUACCGCAAUGUGUACACCAAGCAUCAAGAUGGACUACACACUACAGUUCCCAAAGGAAGACAGUGGUUCGUCUUUGACAAUGACCUCGUCUUGCCCGAGUACUUGAUAUGUUUUGAAUAUCUCACUGAAGGCAGCGAACAGCCGACAUCACUAAACGACAGCACUCAGCCCCUGGACCUUCCGACCUUUGACACUUCACCGGACAACGAAGCCAUUGACAUGGAGCCUGUUCUGGACCCACCACCCAAGUUGAUUAAAUUGAAUGCAUCGACUCUUCUAAAUGCGUCCGGUGCAUGUAUCUUCAGUGAAAUCACUGUGCUGAACCUUCACAGCAGCGGUCUGAAGAGGAUCAAGGAGAUUUCUUCUGUCCGAGGUCUUCGCCAUCUCACCCUCAGCUUCAAUGAGCUCACCAAUCUCGGUGACAUUGCUCACAUGCCAAUGUUGGAGUUUUUAGAUGUCAGCUUCAACCAGAUUGUGAGCCUUGACGGUCUGCUGGCAUUAAAACAACUGAAACAUCUCGACGUUAGCUGGAACAAGUUGGUCAAUGCCAGCGAAGAGUCCAACGUGCUCAAAAUACAAACGCCUGCCCUGCAAAUAUUGGAAACAAAACACAACCCUUGGAAUAAGCCAGAGGAAGUCAGAAUAACCAUAGUGAGCUUAUUGACGACGCUGACGAAAUUGGACAACAUACCGGUGACAGAGGAAGAAGUCGCGGAUGCAGUUCGCAAGACAACUAGAACCGUUAUCAACGAGGAAAUUCUCAUGGCUCACUCCCAUACCAACAAGGAGCGUCCCAGAAGUCUGAGUCUGGUGUCAACGACCGAACUACUCUCUCAGAUCAAUCCGCAAGUCAUGGACCUAAGCCAAGACCUGCAGCCAGACUGGAACGAAAAGAUCACCUCUCUAAACCUUGACAACCAGAAUAUUUAUCAGAUGAGCAAUCUGGAGGCCCUGGUCAAUCUGCGCUGGGCUUCAUUUAAUAAUAAUUACAUCUGUGAAGUGGAAGGGCUAGACUGCUGCACUCAUCUGGAAGAGCUCUCCCUCAACAACAACAACAUCAGCACAAUCAACGGCUUGUCAAGGCUACAGAGUUUGAAUAAACUCAGCAUGGAUGGAAAUCAGCUUUCCGGUCUUGAUGCUUCUGUCAUGGAGCAACUCCAAAAUUUGACCUUUCUGUCCGUGGAGAACAAUCGGAUCACUUCCCUGCAAGGCAUCAACAAAUGCCGUGAGCUUUUGGAGCUUUACGCUGGCAACAAUCAUAUUUCUGUGUCUCGGGAUAUCUACUUUCUCAAGGCAUUGGAAAAUCUCAUCAUCUUGGAUCUAUAUGGGAAUCCGUUAUCAGAAAACUUCAAGAACUAUCGCAUUUAUAUGGUGUUCCACCUGCCUUCUCUGAAGGCACUGGAUGGAACUGCAGUGGAUGCCACUGAAUGUGAAAAUGCAAAAGCUAUGUUUGGAGGACGACUCACACCAGACCUGGUGGCAGAGAAAUUGGGGCAUUCAAACUACGCCAGCAUCACCUACCUCACAAUGCAGUCCUGCUCUAUCAGGAGUGUGGACCUGUCUCCAAUUGACCUGUUCCUCAACCUAAACACGAUCAACUUGGAUCACAACAACCUCACCUGCUUCUCAGGCAUCAUCCAUCUUCCCAAUGUCAAAGUCCUGUAUUUAAACCACAACCGCAUUGAGUCCAUCCUGCCGAGGCAGAAGACAUUUUUAACAAACAGACAGCUGCUCCACAACAAAGUGCACUCCAGUGGUUAUGGGCAACAGACCUUAUGUAAAGGGAACAGGCUCCUUCCACCAACCAUCAUCCUGGAGCCUCUGAUGAGCAGCCUGGAGAUACUGCAUUUGAGUAACAAUGGCAUCUCCAAUAUGGCCAAUCUGGAACUCAGCAGGCUCACCAAUCUUAAAGUGCUCUUCCUUCAAGGGAAUGAGAUCAGCCAAGUGGAAGGUUUGGAGGGCCUCCAUCAGCUCAAGGAGCUGGUGUUGGAUAGGAACCGGAUCCGGGGCCUGUAUGAGAACUCUUUAAUUUCCCAGAGCGUCCUGGUGGAACUUCAUCUUACAGAGAAUCGUAUCCGGGAACUCAACCAUCUCUACCCGCUCGCCGAGCUUCGCAAGCUUUUCCUCGGCAUGAAUAAGCUUCAGGACAUCUCAGAGCUUGAUAAACUUGAUGUUCUUCCCUCGCUGACGGAACUCUCUGUCAUUGGCAAUCCGGUGGCUCGCAAUUCUCUCCACAGGCCCACAGUGAUGCGCAAUCUGCCUCAGUUGCAAGUCCUGGAUGGCAUAACAGUCACUUUGGAGGAGAGAACCAGAGCCGAAAUUACAGAUACAACACAAUGUGAAGAGUGUUGUGCAGCUGGCCUUGAAUCAAACCUGACCGGACUGACGACUUACAUGCCUGUAAGAGGAAUGACCAUGUCUGGAAUACAGAACCUCAUUCAUGGUCACGAAGCGAUCCCGAGUAACAAAGAUGAACCCCAAGUUCAGCACCCGUCCAAGUGCAAGAAACCCACGGAGAAAAAUCCCACACAUGCCGACAACAGCUCCAGACAGACCCGAAAAGCAAAAAACAACUUAAUAGCACCAUGUCCUCUGCCCCAUGUGAAAUGA